AUGCCACUCUAUGAACAACUACAUGCAUAUGUUCGAGGACGCCUUUGCUCGAAGUAUCAAAAUCGUUUUGAUUGUGAUGGACCUAUUCCAACUCAUAUUCUCGGAAAUAUGUGGGCUCAAACAUGGCAUGAUCGUCUGGAUGAUGUUAUUCCUUAUCCUGAUACUCCACUUGUUAAUAUAACCGAUGUAUUAAUUAAAAAACAAUUUUCAAUUCAUCAAAUGUUUACAACAGCUGAAUCAUUUUUUACAUCAAUUGGUCUUUAUCCAAUGA